AUGUGUUUGAGUCAAACCAACAAACUAGUUCUUAACAACGAAAAUACAACGAGACCACAUUCAGCUCUAGGACAUGAUGAAUUAUCUAAAGAGAAAGUGUCCUAUCGUCCUUAUUCAGCGCAUCAGAGUCUGUCAAAUUCUCAACCUCCAGCCGACCAAAAGUCUCCAAUCUACACAGAAAUCCAGGUUCAAAUUCCAAAAUUUGAGAUUGAAGAUUCAGAGUCUGCUAGAAGUCGGGAAUCAGACACACUCAAACCAAAGAGUGGGAAAAAAGGGAAGAGUGAAAAAACUGAAAUAAGCAGACAACCAAUAAAAACCAGACCAUUCAGUGCUGUAGAUGCUUACAAAACAUUUGUUCAGCAGCCAUCUUUUCCAUUGAAAUAUCGUCAUGGUAACAGGUAUAGAUCAGAUUUUCAGAGUCGAACAACAGAUUUGAAAAUUUUAGGAAAAACCCAGAUAGAGAAGCCUCCUCCCCAACGCCCUCCCUCACCAGUAAAUAGAGGUAUGAAUAAUAACAAACUAGAGUUACGAAUCACCAGGGCCAAUAACUGGUUAGCCGGGGGGCGUGACGUUCACAAAGAAAUGACAAGAAAUCGUCCAAAAUCUGGCCAUGUACCAGGGUGGAAAGAGGGCUUACCCCAGACACUUGCUCGACGACCAAAAUCUGCUAUGGUACCUAGAUCAGGAAGGCAAUCUCAGAUGCUUGUAGCUUUAACUCCUGUUUCAAUUUAUGAAUAUGGCAGUGCUUAUAGUUCAACAGACUUACCAGAGCUUCCCAGUCUCUCCGAUUAUCCAUCUACAAUUCGCCCCUCACCGUCUCCACGACUACUUGGAACACUCCCUAGCAACCAUUACUUGAUGUCGUAGUUACCAAACUUCUGAACACUUACCAAUAAUCAGUCUGUGACUUAGUUGAUACUCCCAAGAAACCACUGUUUGAUGCCAUAGUUUCCACAAAGUCAAAACAAUUCUAUUACUAGUUACUAAAGAUACCAAACUGCAUUGCACGUUAUAAACAAUAUUACAAAUACCACACUGCUGAACAUUUCUUAACAACCAUCACUAUAGUGAUACCAUAGUAACCAUACUGCUGAACAUAUCUUAGUGACUAAUGCUUGUUGCACCUGAACAUAUUAGAGAUGACCAUUUACAUAUUAUUAUAUUCUUAGAUCCAAGAUCUGAAAUUUGAUUCUUACAGUUUCUUGUCUACUGCAAGCCAAUGGUUUAUACGACACCUUAUUGUGUUUGAGUGGCCUGUAGAAACUACAUGGUUUUGAGGAAUUAAAAGUUAGACUUUGAACUAUUCCAAGCUAGAAUUAUUUAGACUGUGAUAAUGUAUUUUUCUAUGUUGGCUAUAUUUUUAUUAUAUAUUGUUAUCUAUAUCAAUCAGUAUUAUUAUUAUAAUAAUCUUCAUAUCUGUGAUAAACUACUGUAUAUUUC